UACGAGACAUUAUCAGACGAUAAGAGGAGACGGGAAUAUGACCAGUUUGGACAUGGCCCCUCCCCCGGUGAGCCAGGCACAGGAGGUGGGAGGAGUGGACAGCACUUCCACCAGAACUUUAACUUCAACUUUGAUGACAUGUUCAGAGACUCUGACCUGUUCGGUCAUAACCAGCACUCCCAUCAUGCCCAUCACAAGAGGGCCUUCGACAGCCACUUCCAGGCCCAUCAGGAGGCCCAGAACAGGCACAAGAGACACUUUCAGGGCUCCUUUGGUGGAGAACUCUUUGACGACGUGUUUGAGGACAUGGAGAAGAUGUUCUCGUUUAAUGGACACACAGGCGGGGCAGACAGCCGGUUCCAGGGUAAUAAACACAAAAUAACGUUGUCAGAGCAACUGAAUAAAGGGAUUUAUUUGACCAUUAGUAUUAGCUGUCCUUCAUAUGAUCAUGUGCAGAGCACUUGUCAGUAGCUCCACACGUGAUAACACUUCCUCAUCCACUACACAGUAUAUUUUCAGGUUUGCACGUGAAGAGAUCACUAAACAAAUACAAUAGUGUAAACUCAGGCAAAAUAGCAGACAUCCAGGAAUUUAGUCAUUAUAUCUCUAUAUCAGAGGCCAUAAUUUAGGGGAGGCGAAAAGGGGGGAUAAAUCAAGGAAGUGAAUCCACAUCCUCCUGAGUACGUACCUCCCCGGGUGAGAAGGCAGGAGAGCUGGCAUUCUGCACAGAGGGAGUCCACUGGGCUGAGAUGCUCACUUUCACAUUACUGAAGGUCUUCCUUGAGGCGUGCAGGAGGACAUAGCUGGAGAGAGAGGAAGGGGGGACUUAAUAAAGCCCUGUUAUAUUCCUACCACAACAAGGGACCAGGAACAUCCAGGGCCUUCCAAUGCUGUGUUUAGUUGUUUAAAGCAGCUGGUGUGCAGGUCAGUACUCAACCCGUUUACAACUACUAUAUAUCCUCAAGAUUAUAACCUGUAAUAAGAACUCUAGGCUAUACGUCACUUCCUGAUGACAGAGCCUGGAAAGCACAGCCACAACAUUUUUGGCCACAGCUGAGAGGGGUCAAAGGUCAGGGUUCAGAGUGGGGAGGUCAGGAGAAGGAAUAUGAGAAGCACAGGCACAGAUUCAAUUAAUCUGAUUCUUACUGCUCAACUGUCUAAUAGGUUAACUUUCAUCCUACUCUGAUAACAACCAGUCUGACCAAGAAACAAUGUCACAUGUAUUUUUUAAAAGUUUAAGUACAGUGGAGCGCUGUAUAAGACUGUGAGUACUGUAGCUCCGGUUCAGGCAUUAGCAAUUGUUAGCUUAGUACUGUAUUUACUUAAAGAGGAUGUAGGCCUAUAUGAGCACAAGUGAGCCUGUGUAUCAAAUGCGUAUGUAUGCUCUGGUAUAAGUGCUUGUGUAGAGAGCAUUUAGGGCAAAGAGAACUUGAAUAAGAUCUCUGAACAUUCCGAGCAUCUUAUACCAGAUCCCUACAAGGCUGGUGGGAGUUCAGGAGCUGAGUUUACCUAAAGAAGGUGAGGAGGAAGGCGACCAGGUGAUGGUGGGUGUACUGCGCCAGGAAGCCACAGCACGGGGACGACAUCACUGGGGUCACCAGGAGGGAUAGGAGGGGGUGGAGGUCUUCAAGGGAACAUCAGCAGGAGAGGCAGCAGGAGAGGGAGGGGGUUCAGAGAGGGAACAGCACCACACUACUUUAUCCAGCACUACAGCCUAGGUCACAGGACAGCAGCAAACACAGCUCUAAGUCAGACACACAGCUUUGCCUGAAAAGAGGAACUGGGGUUUAACGUCCUUUGAGACCAAGUGGAUAUUUUUUACCAUAGUAAAUGUAGGUAGAAGGUCAAGGAUAUAAAGCCACAAACAGGUGACCAAAGGUCUUGGUUAGCCUCUUCCAAAGAAGAAAACCAUAAGCUUGUUAGCAUUAAACUACUUCUCAUUUUGGGACCUUACUGCUAGUCCUACAGCCAACAAACCUUGGAACCUGGCCUGAAAUCUUUAUCUGGUGUAAACACUUGACCCUCUGAAUCACAUUCUGCCAAUAAAGGCAAAAAAACCAUUUUCCUUGCAUACUUUUUCCGCAAACGUGUACUCAUUCUAGAUAGGAAGAAUAUAGCUAUUGGUUAGCAAUAAAUAGCCUUGGGAGCUGUCUUCUGUCUGCUUCUGUUGCUGUCUAGCAGUGCAGCACUUAAUUCAAGUGACUCACUCUGGUGAUAGGUAAAGCAUUUGGAAUACACUCGCUCGAUACUUCUCUUUCACUGAAUAUACAUUAGGCAUUGGAUAAAACUAUAUGGAAAUGCAAAUAUGUAAUCAACAUUGAGGUCAAACGGAUAAGGACUUACCUUUUUUAUUCACAUAAACACCGACGCUAGCUUGAGAUCAUCUGUUUCCAGUCCAGUCUGCUACAGUGUAGCAAUCGGUUUUAUUUUUGUUGUCUUCUGCUGUGGGUUUCACAUUUCCUACUGCCACCAACAGGACUGGAGUGUACCGGAAGUGAAAGCAUGCAACACAGAUCCACGUGCCCCUAGUUUCAGCCAAUCGUGGUGUUUCGAGUCAGUAGGUGAAGAAAUUAACCAAUAGGAUUGCGAGUCGUGGUGUUACAGCUCGGGAAUGCAACCCCGCUAUCGUUUCGUCACCUACGGAUCAGCUGUGCCAUUAUCGUCUGAUAGAAGAGACCGGAGGCACGUUUCAAGGUAAAUUCUCUCUUUUAUUGUGAUUUUUUUUUGCUUAGAAUUAGCAUACUGAGCAGAAAUGUGUUUCAAGUAGUUUUCACAGGCUUUAUGUGCUUGUUGUUCUGACACUCUUUUUCUCCCCACCCACUUUCAUUGUAAAGGGUUGGAUAAUUCUGUGGCUGAUUCAACCAUCUUUUCACUAGAAUAAAUGCAUUUGUAGAUCAUGUCCCUAGCUAAAGGGGUUUUUAAUUUCAAAAAUAAAAACCUAUGUCACACAGCAAGCUUUACAGAUUUGUCAUACUUUGCUUCCUUGUUACAGUACAGGUUAAAACAUGCUUACAUGGUUAUACUUUUGUCAACUUUACAUUAUAAUUUGCUUGUGUCAGUCACAAACUGUCAAACCUCUCUCUUUCCUGGGCAGGGAGGAAAGCGCUAACCACCAAUAUGGCAACAGCACAGUCAGUCUUAAUGUUAGCAGUAUGUAUUCUCAUGAUAACUGAGUUCAUACUGGCACAGAGGGACUACUAUGACAUCCUAGGUGUGCCAAAAGAAGCCUCCGAGCGCCAGAUCAAGAAGGCCUUCCAUAAGCUAGCCAUGAAGUACCAUCCUGACCGAAACAAGAGUCCUGACGCAGAGGCAAAGUUCAGGGAAAUAGCUGAGGGUGAGUCCUGUCAACUUCUGUGUUAGGUAGAUGGGCAUUCCAUUGUCUGUUACAUCAAGGCUCGUUACGUCAAGUCCACAUCCAAUGUAUUGGAUGGGGUGUUAAUCAUUCAUCCUUUAAUUGUAUUAAUACUAUCGUAAACUUUCCAACAAGUAGUGGAUGUUUUUCCAAUCUUUUAAUAUUGUCAGUGUAAUAGCCAUUUUCAGGUGAACAAGUAGAGCAGUCGUUGAUAGUAUCAAUAAAAAAUCUAUCUGGUUUAAUUACAAGUUUGCAAACAGGGAGAACAAUAUCCUGCACAGGAGCAGAGAAUAAUGUCUAACUGGCCUUCACUGAGAAGGCCUAAUCAGCAACACUAAAUGUACUGGUGACACCAGCCAAGAGGCUUGUAUGAAGUCAAAACAAAAGGCCAGUGACUUUGUCAGCUGCUACAGAAUCACAGUGUUCACAGACAAUACAAUAAUAAUCAGUGUGUCCUCAGUUCUUGUACCUCCAGUCUAUCAACAGAUAUGAGUUUAAUCCAUAACAUUCAGCAUCGACUCUAGUGACCAUCAACCCGAGUGUCACAAACAGAACACUGGAAAUCAUGUGUAAUACAGAAAGGGAAAAAUGCAUAAAUAUGCUUAACAUUGCGUUAAUCACUCUAAACUGAAUAUGAACUUUAUUGAUCUUAAUAUUCCCAUUACAGUCAGUUAUGAUGAUUUUUAAAUGUUAAAGCAUUUGUUGUUUUUCUGAUGUCUGUGGACACCAAGAGACUUAUGUUUCCUUUCCUUUGCCAGCGUACGAGACAUUAUCAGACGAUAAGAGGAGACGGGAAUAUGACCAGUUUGGACAUGGCCCCUCCCCCGGUGAGCCAGGCACAGGAGGUGGGAGGAGUGGACAGCACUUCCACCAGAACUUUAACUUCAACUUUGAUGACAUGUUCAGAGACUCUGACCUGUUCGGUCAUAACCAGCACUCCCAUCAUGCCCAUCACAAGAGGGCCUUUGACAGCCACUUCCAGGACCCCAUCAGGAGGCCCAGAACAGGCACAAGAGACACUUUCAGGGCUCCUUUGGUGGAGAACUCUUUGACGACGUGUUUGAGGACAUGGAGAAGAUGUUCUCGUUUAAUGGACACACAGGCAGGGCAGACAACCGGUUCCAGGGCUCAGCAAAACAACACUGCAGGACAGUGACACAGCGCAGAGGGAACAUGGUCACCACAUACACAGACUGUUCU